AUGGAUACCACCGUACCAACAAGCGCAGCAGAGCCCGUCGCCAUCUGUGGUAUGGCUCUGCGGCUGCCCGGCGGGAUUGACACGCCCUCAAAAUUCUGGGACUUCAUCGUCUCCAAGCAAGACGCCCAAGGUCCCAUCCCCGAGUCCCGAUUUAAUGCGUCCACAUACUAUUCCAAGGCCGGCAAGCCAGGCUUCGUCAGGACGGAUCGUGGCUACUUCCUCGACGAGUCAGUAGACCUGGGGGCCUUGGAUACCACACUCUUCACUAUGCCCAAGAACGAAGUCGAGCGCGCAGAUCCCCAACAACGACUUCUCCUCGAAUUGACGCGCGAAUGUCUCGAGAGUGCAGGCGAAGUCAAUUACCGAGGAAAGCCCAUUGGAACAUACGUAGGCUCUUUUGGCGAAGAUUGGCUCAACCUGAUGGGCAAGGACACACAAGUUCCUGGGCUUUACAAGGUGUCCGGAGCGGGGGAUUUUCUGCUCUCCAACCGUAUCUCGUACGAGUAUGAUCUCCGCGGUCCGAGUAUGACCAUUCGGACUGGAUGCUCGGCCGCCCUGAUCGGACUGCACCAGGCUUGUCUAGCCAUCCGGUCUGGUGAUUGUGACUCUGCCAUUGUCGGCGGGUCUAAUCUGCUUAUAGCACCAGGCCUGACUGCCGACCUUUCAGAACAGAGAGUGCUCUCACCAAACGGUUCAUGCAGAUCGUUCGACGCCGAUGCGGACGGUUAUGCCCGUGGCGAUGCCGUCAAUGUCGUGUACCUCAAGCGCCUGAGCACCGCCAUCCGCGACGGUAACCCCAUCAGGGCCGUCAUCCGGGGAACAUUCAGCAACGCGGACGGCAAGAAAGCCGGACUCACGUUACCCAGCUACGAGGGCCACGAAGCGCUCAUCCGACGAACAUAUGAGAUUGCGGGCAUCAGCGAUGUAAAUGCCACAGCCUUUGUCGAAUGCCACGGGACAGGAACGCCGAUAGGCGACCCGAUCGAAACGAGAGCCGUCGCGAGUGUGUUUGGCGGCGAGAAGGGUGUCUACAUCGGAUCCGUCAAACCAAACGUUGGCCACUCGGAGGGUGCGUCCGGCUUGACAGCGCUGAUCAAGAUGGUUCUGGCGCUGGAACAUCGCGUUAUCCCCCCGAACAUCAAGUUCGACAAGCCGAAUCCCAAGAUCCCCUUCGCAGAAAAGAACUUGGUCGUGCCUGUUGAGCCCAUGCCAUGGCCGAGCGACCGAAUGGAGCGCAUAUCCGUCAACUCAUUCGGUAUCGGUGGCGCCAACGCACACGUCGUAGUUGAUUCCUUUCGAUCCUUCACCGGCACCGUCAGCCAGAACGGCGAGCCGGCACGCAGGAUUGCUGGUGAUCCCCAACUUGUGGUGUUUUCCGCCAACACUGCGGAUUCGCUAAAAAGACAGGUGGUCAACAACACCAAAUACAUUGAACAAAACAGCAACCGCGUGCCGGAAGUUGCAUACACAUUGGGGGCGCGACGAGAUCACCUGCCUCACCGUGCCUUCUCAGUGCUGCAUGCGGGAGCGACAACCACAAGCCCGUUCGCUAAGACGCCCAGCGGCACUCCUCCUCGGUUAGUGUUCACAUUCACCGGCCAAGGUGCACAAUGGCCGCGCAUGGGAGCAGAGCUUUUAGCCUCAAACGCCUACUCUACCUUUGCGAAGAGCAUCAAACGCAUGGACAAGGCUUUGAGCCUCUUGUCAGGCGGACCCUCAUGGUCCGUUGCCGACGAGCUGUCGAAAGCGCCGGAAGAGAGCAACGUGAACCAGGCCGCGUACUCGCAGCCGUUGUGCACGGCCGUGCAGAUAGCGCUGGUGGACAUGUUGUCUGAGUACAACGUGCAGCCAUACGCAGUCGUUGGCCAUUCGUCCGGCGAGUUGGCCGCAGCCUAUGCGGCAGGGAGACUGACCAGUCAAGAAGCCAUCAUUGCUGCGUACUACCGCGGCGUGGUCUCGGAGUCUGUCCAGAAAAAAGGUGCGAUGGCGGCGCUCGGCCUGUCGCGUGAGAAGAUCGAGCCUCUAUUGGUGGACGGGGCUGUUAUAGCCUGCGAGAACUCGCCGUCAAACGUGACCAUUUCGGGUGAUCAGGAUCGUGUGGACGACGUGCUGGCCAGAAUAAAGACAGAGGAUCCCGCUGCGUUUGCCAGAGUGCUGAAGGUCGACAAGGCGUAUCAUUCUUACCACAUGGAGGAGGUGGGCGAGACGUACGAGUCGCUGAUUGCGCCGCAUUUGGAGGUGAAGAUGUAUGGCUCUGCUCUUACGAAUGGCCAUAAAACCAAUGGUAUGAACGGUACCAAUGGAAACAAUGGAAUCAAUGGGACCAAACAACACCACCUCCAACAAGAUGAUAGCGUUCAACCUCUUAUGGCAUCUAGUGUCACUGGUAAGCCGCUGCCAACGUCCGACAAGACAGAUGCAAAGUACUGGCGCACCAACCUCGAGUCGCCCGUCUUAUUCCGCAAGGCUGUCGAGAGCAUCGUCGGUCAUGCAGGCAAGGAUAAGGAGGCAGGCGGCCCGCUCGUCUUCCUCGAGUUGGGUCCCCAUUCAGCACUCGCAGGUCCUUUGCGUCAGACACUGGCUCAGACGCCCAUCAGCAGCUCGCCUUACACAAGUUGCCUGGUCCGCAGCAAGCACGCAACCGAGACGUUCCUCACAUCACUGGGCUACCUCUGGCAACAAAACUACCCCAUCAACUUUGACAGGCUACUCAACCCGUCAGGAUCGCUUCAAGUCGUCCCUGACUUGCCGACGUACCCAUGGCAGCACGAUCACUCGUACCUACUUAAGUCGCGCCUCAUGGACAGGUGGAAGUCCCCGGCCGCCAAGAAGCACGAGCUGCUCGGCAUACGAGUGGCAGAGAGCACCGACACCGAGCCGCUAUGGCGAAACGUGCUUCACCUGUCCAGCGUGCCGUGGCUGCGGGACCACAAGGUCAAAGGCGACAUCAUCUUCCCUUGUGCGGGCUACGUCGGUAUGGCAGGCGAAGCUGUGCGACAGAUGGCGGCUGCAGGCGUCGACGAUGCCGAGUUUGCAGGCUUCAGCGUCCGAGGGGUUGUCAUCGAUGCUGCAAUGCUUCUACAUGAGAACAAGUCCACCGAGGUUCUCACGACGCUGACCAGGCAUCGACUCACAGAUACGCUGGACAGUGAGCGGUGGGAGUUUGUCAUCAGUUCGCACAACGGUGCAGCGUGGACUAAGCACUGUACCGGGCAUGUUUCCGCCAUCUCUCGACGACCAUCGAGUGGUGAUGUUGCUGUCUUGCCAGAGAAACUGCCCCGGCAUGUCCAUGCCUCCAGGUGGUAUAUGGAUAUGGACCGCGUAGGUGGCAACUACGGUCAUUUCUUCCAAGGGUUGACUGAUAUCACCGCCGCUACAACGGACAACAGAGCGCUGGCAACGGCUAUCCAGACGACGUGGGAUGAGGAGGAGUUCUACGCCGUUCAUCCCACUCAGAUCGACUCUUUCUUGCAGCUGGUGCAAGCGGCGGCCGUCCGAGGCGUGGGUCACACGUUGCGGACGAUGGUGGUGCCCACGUAUAUUGAGCAGAUGGACGUGUUUGCCUCGACCUCUGAUCCGGGAGCAUCGUCGCCGCUGGUGCAGGCCGUGAAAUCCACAACAACUCCCCAUGGGUCCGUCACUGGUGGCGGUACAGGCCAUUUCCCGGCGGGACAACUUGGCCUCGAUGUCCGGGGCAUCAAGAUGAGUCCUCUGGCUGGCGACGUUACGGAAGAAACCCCAAACCCGCAUGCCGCAGCGCGCAUGCACUGGUGUGAGGACGUCGACUUUGCCAGCAUGGCUUCCAUGGUUCUUCCCAACGAGGAUCAGAUGGCCUACACAGACGACUUGCGUGAGUUGACGUCGCUGUGCAUCCGCGAGUCCCUUCGAGUGCUUAAUAGCCAAGAGCGGUCGGUCGAUCCACCCGGUCGGCAUCUGCAAAGGUUCUUGGAAUGGAUGCAAGCCCAGCCAGCAGCGUCAACAGAGAUGCAGAACGGCCAUGGCACAGCUCGUAUGGGUGCCUUGUUCACCAGAUUGCUCGGAACAGAUCUAGACUGCUUCGCCGUGGCGCUCAAACAGGUCCUGGACAACAUCCUCCCGCUCCUCCGCGGUGAAGUCGAACCACUCGAAGUACUCAUGCAGGAUAACAUCCUCAGCGGCGUCUACAAAGCCUUGAACUGGAGCAAACGCCCGGCCAUAUUCCAGGCCCUCGCCCAUUCCAACCCACAUAUGCGCAUCCUGGAGAUCGGUGCCGGCACAGGCGGGACCACAGAGAUCGUCCUCAACGCCAUCCACGACUCCGCGGCCCAGCACAGGACGUACGCAAGUUACACCUACACGGACAUCUCCGCAGGAUUCUUCCAGACGGCCGGAGAGCGCUUUAAAAAGCACGCUUCCACCAUGGACUUCCGCGUCCUGGACAUCACUCAUGACCCAAUCGAGCAAGGAUUCGAACCGCACAGCUUCGACCUCAUCAUCGCUUCGAACGUCCUCCACGCUACACCCUCUUUGAGUUCCACGCUUCGCAACGUCCACAGGCUCCUAUCCAACGAGGGUCGACUUUAUCUCGAGGAGUUGACCACAGAGACAAAAGCAUGGAACUACAUCAUGGGCAUCCUACCCGGAUGGUGGCUCGGCGAGGCAGAAGGACGCGUGGAUGAACCGUACGUCACCCCCGAGCGAUGGGACAAAGAACUGAAGAUCGCUGGUUUCGAAGGCGUGGAUGACUACGUACUCGAUUGCCCAGCUGGCAAACACAGUAAUGCGUUUAUGCUGGCGCGGCCUGAUUACGUGGACACUGGCAAGAAGAAGACCGUGACGAUUGUCCUUGACGAGGCGUCGAGGGAGCUGGCUGAGACCAUCCUGCAAGAGUACCUUGUUUCGCAAAACUACGAGGUGACGCUGCAUGACUUCGACGACAAAGCCGGGCUUCCCUCGAUGCAAGGCGGAGGAGAUCUGGUCUGCGUAAUGGACAUGUCGUCGACGCGACGACCGCUCCUGGAUGACAUCUCCCCCUCGCGACUCCGUUCAUUCCAGGACCUAAUGUCUGCGGCGUCCAGCUCGAGCACAGGUGCAGGUGUCCUCUGGCUCACGCGGCCUUCUCAACUAGAGACCGAGGGCGAGCUGUGCUCGGAUCCCCGAUGGGGUUUGAUCCAAGGCGCGGCACGCGUGAUCCGCUCGGAACUUGCUCUCGACCUGGCCACUUGCGAGGUCGAGACUAUCGAUGAGCAGACUCUGCCCAUAGUUGAGGGCGUGCUUGCAAAGUUCAUGCGAAGAAGAGAAAGCCGUGAUGACUCCAUUGGUCCAGAGUACGAGUUCGCCAUCAGUCGCGAUGGCAAGGUGUACAUCCCCCGGAUCUACCCUUUCCACCUCGGCGACGAGCUCAAGAACGUUGCCGCGGCUGCACUGACUGCUGCUGCCGCUGAUGAUGGUGCAGUUCAGAGCUCCAGGUUAGAGAUCGAGAAGCCCGGCCGCUUGAACACGCUGCGGUGGGUGACACAACCUUCGAGCACACUGACACUCGCCGAGGACGAGCUCCUCAUCGAGCCCAAGGCUGUGGGCAUGAACUUCAGAGACGUCCUCAGCGUAAUGGGCAUCAUCGAGGUCGAUGUCCUAGGCCUUGAGCACGCCGGCGUCGUACGAGCCGUGGGUGGCCCCGGCGGCGAUGUGCAAGUCGGGGAUCGGGUCAUGGUCAUGGGCGGCUACGGCUUCUCGACCAUCUCCAAGGUGACGCGGGACCAAUGCGUUACAAUCCCCGAUGCACUCAGCUUCACCGACGCAGCGACGAUGGGGACCGUGUUCGCGACGGUCAUCUACUCUCUUCUUGACGUUGGAAGGCUACGUGCCGGCCAGUCUCUGUUGAUUCACUCUGCCUGUGGAGGCGUCGGUCUCGCAGCGCUACAGAUUGCACGUAUGGCCGGUAUUGAGGAAAUCUACUGCACCGUCUCGGUGGAGGCCAAGCGACACCACCUCGAGACGGUAUGCGGCAUCCCGUCUGAUCGUAUCUUCAACUCACGCGACGCCUCAUUUCUCCCAGAGAUCCAACGCGCUACGCACGGCCGUGGCGUCGACGUUGUUUUGAACUCACUCUCUGGCGAGCUGCUGCACACGUCGUGGGACUGCGUUGCUGAGUUCGGCACCAUGAUCGAGAUCGGGAAGCGGGAUCUUAUCGGUCAUGGAAAACUGGCGCUGCAUCCCUUCCUGCUCAACAGGAGCUACCAAUGCGUAGACCUCGAUCAUCUCAUGCGGCGCCGGCCGUCUGAGGGCCAUCGGCUGCUGAAGCUGGUCGUGCAGUACUACCGGGAGGGCCACAUACAGCCUAUCAAUCCCGUCACUGUGUACAAUGCAGAUGAUAUCGGAGACUGUUUCUUGUACAUGCAGAAGGGUCAGCAUAUUGGCAAGAUCGUUGUAAGCAUGGAGAGCAAUGACGGCAAGGGACCAAAGGCGUCCACUGCAACCAAGCAACACAACUACCGUUUCAAUCCAGCUGCAUCAUACCUCCUCGUUGGCGGCCUAGGUGGUCUCGGUAGAGCCGUGUCCAGCUGGAUGGUCGAAAACGGCGCAAGACACCUCAUCUACCUAUCUCGUUCCGCCGGCGAGACCGAGUCCGACAAGGGUUUCUUCGAGGAACUGCGUAGCCAAGAGUGCACCGUAACGGGGAUCAAAGGAGAUGUCACGGAGCUUGCUGACGUCCAAAGAGCCGUCACAGAAGCAGCCUCAGUUAGCGUACCACUAAAGGGCGUGAUCAACAUGUCCAUGGUCCUCCGCGACCACAACUUCGGCACGAUGCCCCACGAAGCUUGGACGGAAGCAGUGGCACCCAAAGUCCGUGGAACGCUCAACCUUCACGAAGCCACCAGCUCGCUCCCAUUGGACUUCUUCCUCCUUUUCAGCUCCGCAUCCGGAACAUUCGGUCAGCGAGGGCAGGCCAACUACGCAGCGGCCAACACGUUCCUUGACGCGUUUGUCAGACACCGGCACCGCCAGAACCUGCCUGCGCAGUCCAUCAACAUCGGCAUCAUGCUGGAUCACGGAUACGUCGCUGAUAACGUGGCGCUGCGCGAACGGCUGCUCGCCCGAGGAAACUACGGAAUCCGCAUAACUCAGCUCCUUGACGCUCUCUCCGCCGUCCUGAGUGCUCCGCCAUCAUCGUCGUCGCCCUCAUCAACAAGCCAACUCAUCCUCGGCGCAGGGUCUACCUUGCCGCUCUCCGAUCCUACAAACCGCGUCAUGUUCAAGACUGACCGACGUAUGGCGAGUUACUGGAAUGACGAGAACGAUGCCAGUGGCAAUGCGACCAAGACUGGGGACUCAGCACAUGGUAGCAAACUCGCUGCCUUCAUCGCGCAGGCCACCACGUACGGCGAUCUCUCGGCCCUCAAUGGCCCCGACGCACCCGCAUUCGUGGCCCACCAGAUUGGCGCACAGCUACUGACCCUUCUUCUGCGGCCCAUGGACGAUGACAGCGUGAUUGAUGUCUCGAGGUCGCCGCAGGAGCUGGGACUGGAUAGUCUGGUGGCGAUCGAGCUGAGAGCGUGGUGGAAGGCGACCUUACAGUUCGAUGUGAGUGUACUAGAGAUGCUGGGUAUGCCAAGUCUGAUGGCGAUGGGCCAGCGGGCUGUGGAGGGGUUGAAGGCGAGAGUGGAGGCUGAGGGCGAUGUUGCAGAUGGAACGGAGGGGACGGUGAAUGGUGUCGAUCCCAGGAUUGAGCUGUUGAAGAUGCCUUGA